ACGCCGGGCGUCUGGGAAGAGCCGCUGGGAGCCUUCACCUGCUGGGAGGAGCUGCGGGGCGCCGGGGCACCAUGAAGGAUCGGCUGGAGCAGCUCAAAGCCAAGCAGGACCAGGAUGACGAUGCUGACGAUGUAGAGAUUGCCAUCGAGAACACGGGGUUCAUGGACGAGUUCUUCUCCGAGAUUGAAGAAACCCGACAAAAUAUCGAGAAAAUUGCAGAGAAUGUGGAGGGGGCGAAAAAACUGUACAGUAUCAUCCUGUCCGCCCCCAUCCCUGAGCAAAAGACGAAAGACGACCUGGAGCAGCUCACGGCAGAGAUCAAAAAAAUAGCCAACAGCGUCCGAAACAAGCUUAAGAGCAUGGAGCGGAGCAUUGAGCAGGAUGAGGUCCAGUCGUCAGCGGAUCUGCGGAUACGGAAAUCCCAGCAUUCUGUCCUUUCCCGGAAGUUUGUCGAUGUGAUGACCAAGUACAACGAGGCACAGGUCGACUUCCGAGAACGUAGCAAAGGGCGGAUCCAGCGGCAGCUCGAGAUCACUGGGAAGAAUACGACGGAUGAGGAGCUGGAGGAGAUGCUAGAGAGUGGAAACCCCUCAAUAUUCACAUCUGGGAUCAUGGAUUCGCAGAUCUCGAAGCAGGCACUGAGCGAGAUCGAGGGGCGGCACAAGGACAUUGUGCGGCUUGAGAGCAGCAUCAAGGAGCUUCACGACAUGUUCGUGGACAUCGCCAUGCUGGUGGAAAACCAGGGCGGGGUCCUAGAUAACAUAGAGCUGAACAUGAUGCAUGCGGUAGACCACAUAGAGAAAGCGCGCGAUGAGACCAAAAAGGCUCUGGUAUACAAGAAAAAGGCACACAAGAAAAUGAUAAUUAUCAUUGUGGUAGUGGUUGUCUUGCUCGCAAUAGUAGCUCUGAUUAUUGGACUUUCCGUAGGGCUCAAGUAAAGCUAGCCCCCAGGGUUGCUGGCUCCGAACUACACUCCUGAUCUUGGUGGUGAGCUUUUUCCCCCGUGAUCCUCCUCGUGUCCCACACGCCAACCUCCCGCUCCCCCUGCCUUCCCUGGACCUGCUAAUCACAGCCUGCCCUCUGGGCUCUGCUGUGAAUCAUUUCCCUUUUGGGUGGAGCUUUUCCCAAUAGCACUUCUUGGGAGAACUGCCAGCCCAUUCAUCAGCUAGCUGACGCAUCCCUCCUGGAGGAUCUGAG